AUGUCAUCUGGACAAACACCAUUUAUAAAUUAUGAACAUGAAAAUGAUAUUGUAAUGAAUAUUAUUAACGGUAUAAGGCCAAAAAUUGUGCCAGGAACUCCAUUAGAAUAUAAAAAUUUAAUGAAAGAAUGUUGGAAUGCUGGGAAAAAAAUGAAAAAAAUUUAUUUAGAUUAUCAAAAUAUUAAAAUUCACAACUUUGAAAAUCUACCUGAACCAAGAAAUGCAACAGAAGAAGAACAAGAAGACAAUGAAAAAGAAAUAACUCCAAAUGUCGAUGAAAUAGUUAAUAAUCCAAAUCUUUAUUCAAAAGAACAAGAUGAACUGGAAAUUCCUGAUGCUUUAAAUGCUAACUCUGUCAAUAUUGAUCCAUUCAUGAUAAAAUAA